UCGCUGAAGGAUGCCGUAUGGAAUCUUACCAAUGAGCAGACGAACAUCGCUACUUCCCUCGAAUCGCUUGCCAGUGCUAAUCUUGGUGUCCAGCAGUUCAACCGAAUUCGUCAGGUCUUGAUGAGCUCAGGCUCGACGACGUUCUCCAAGAUCGUCAACAAGUGGAACAUCGCCCUCAUUGGUCUGAUGACGUACUACCGUGAGGCCGUCAUCCACACGAACGAGCUAUUGGACUCCCUCGUCAAGGCCGAGAACAAGAUCCAGACACGUGUCAAGAUCGGCUUGAACUCCAAGAUGCCGUCGUGUUUCCCUUCGGUCGUCUUCUAUACACCGAAAUAA